AUGUCACCACAGUGGCUUGAAAAUGGCAACGGUGUUGCAACGCCCACCUCUCCGGAUGCACAGUCCAUCAAAUCCCACCGGAAGCCCAUCGACGCGUCACAAUGGGGCCCGGCGGCACCAGCCAAGAGCGAAUCAUUCCAAAUCCGCCAGCAUUCGCACAAGCCCAAGGCCAAAAGAUGGGAUCACAUCCUCAGCAAAGAAUCUGCUGGACGUGCAGGAAACUCUCUCAAGUAUGCAGCCAGUUUUCUCUCCAGGCCAGGAAUGAUCUCCCUGGGAGGUGGGCUGCCCUCGGAUGAAUAUUUUCCCUGGGAUGAACUUCACUUCAAAGUGCCACAAGUCGGUCAAUUCUCUGACAAGGAGCUACGCGAAAAUGGCGUUCUGAUCAAGGCUGGUAAACAUGACUUGGCCGAACAAAAGUCUAUCUUUGACAUCUCGACAUCUUUCAACUACGGCCAGGGCCAUGGUUCUGCGCAACUGUUACGUUGGAUUACGGAACACACCGAGUUGGUCCAUGAUCCUCCCUAUGCAGACUGGUCAUGUACAAUGACUGUUGGUUCGACAUGCAGUAUGGAUUUCGUCCUGCGUAUGCUCACGCAGCCUGGCGACUAUAUAGUCUCGGAAGAGUACACGUUUUCUACUGCCGUUGAAGCUGCUACACCAAUGGGCGUUAAGGUGGCUGGUGUUAAGAUGGAUGACCAAGGUCUACUUCCUGAAUCACUUGAUGCUCUGUUAAGUAACUGGGACCCAGCUGAGCACGGCAGCGCCAAGAAACCAACCAUCCUGUAUACUGUGCCAACGGGUCAGAAUCCUACAGGAGCAACGCAAGGGGAGAAACGACGAAGAGAUAUCUAUACUGUCGCCCAAAAGCAUGAUUUAUACAUCAUCGAAGACGAACCUUACUAUUUCUUGCAAAUGCAGCCAUACAACAGCCCUCCCCCGGCAACGAAUGCUGAGUUUCUGAAGAGUUUGAUACCUAGCUAUCUGCAUAUCGAUGUGAAUGGAAGUGUUCUACGUAUGGAUUCCUUUUCUAAAGUCCUCGCUCCUGGUACCAGAACAGGCUGGAUCACAGCCAGUCAACAGAUUGUCGAGAGAUACACCCGGCACUCCGAGGUGGGCACCCAAGGGCCCAGCGGUGUCUCGCAGCUCAUGUUGUUCAAGCUUGUCGAUGAGUACUGGGGUCACGAUGGGUACCUGGACUGGCUGGUUCAUAUCCGAUUGGGCUAUACCCAGCGACGGCAAGUUAUAUUGGACGCUUGUGAGAAAUUGUUGCCUCGCGAAAUUGUGAGCUGGAAACUACCCGUAGCUGGCAUGUUUCACUGGCUCAAGAUCGACUGGAGAAAACAUCCUUUGGCCUCAUCGAAGACUAUUUUGGAGAUCGAGGAUGAAAUUUUUAUGGCGAGCAUUGAUCAGGGUGCCUUGGUUAUUAAAGGCAGUCAGUUCUAUGCAAACAAGGAGGAGAAUCACGAUACGCUAUUCUUCCGCUCCACGUAUGCUUCUGCUCCCCCCGAUAAAAUAAAUGAGGCUAUUCGAAGAUUUGGGACAGCGGUUCGAUCGGUCUUUAAGUUGAAGGAAUAA